AUGUUCGCGCAGCAGAAGGUGACACUUCCCCCUGGACGCCACAAGAUCGUCAUAUUGGACGAGGCCGACUCAAUGACAGCUGCAGCCCAGCAGGCUCUACGACGUACUAUGGAGAUCUUCUCGGCAACGACGCGAUUCGCAUUGGCCUGCAACAACUCCACCAAGAUCAUUGAGCCCAUUCAGAGUCGCUGCGCCAUCCUGCGUUUCACUAGACUGCCGGACGAGAUGCUGCUACGUCGUCUACUGACUGUCUGCCAACAGGAGAACGUCGGAUACAAGGAGGAAGGACUGGCUGCACUCAUCUUCACAGCGGAGGGAGACAUGCGCAAUGCGCUCAACAACCUUCAGGCCACAGCGAGUGGCUUCGGCUUUGUUAGCGACGAGAACGUGUUCAAGGUCUGUGAUCAGCCCCAUCCCGCUGUGGUGAGGGAGAUCCUGAAUCACUGUGCCAAGGGAGAACUAGAUGGAGCGGAGAAACAAGCGGUCGAGCUCUGGAAGAGUGGAUACUCGUCGCUGGAUAUCAUCGGAACGAUCUUCAGAGUGUGCAAGGCGCUGCCGAUGGAGGACGAGAAGCUCAAGCUGGAGUUCAUCAAGCUCAUUGGAGCCACGCACAUGUGCAUUGCUGACGGAGUGUCCACUCUACUACAGAUCCAUGGACUAGUGGCACGACUGUGCUCUGUCGCGCUGGCUGCCAAGCCGGAAGCUUGA